ACAGACGCUUUCGCCAGCAUGAACAUGAUUUUCUUCAUCGGCCAAGUCGUUGGCAUCGUCUCCAUUUCUGCCUUCCUGCUCUUCCUCUUCGCCAAGCUGGUUUCCCGCCAUCGCAGCAGCCAUGUGCAGGACGGUCAAGGCUACGCUGUGCUGAUAACCGGCUGUGACAGCGGCUUCGGGCAUCAGCUGGCUCAGUGUCUGGACCGCAUUGGGUUUGUGGUCUUUGCCGGGUGUCUGUAUCCACAAGGAGCCGGUGCCCAGAGCCUGGCCAGACAGAGCUCCAGUAAUCUGAAAAUCCUCAAGCUGGACGUCACCAGUGAUGAAGAGGUGCAGCAGGCGAGGAAGACGGUCCAGGAGGACCUGCCAGAGAAAGGCCUGUGGGCAGUUGUGAACAACGCGGGAAUCUCAGACUGGGCCGAGAUCGAAUGGAGCACCAUUGAAGAUUUCCACCACAUGGUCGACAUCAACCUGUUCGGCUCCAUCAGGACCACCAUCGCAUUCCUGCCUCUGGUUCGUGCCGCCAAAGGUCGGAUGAUUUACACCUCAAGCAUCUUUUCCUUCUUCAACUGCCUGAACAUGGGCGCGUACAGUGUGUCAAAGAGAGGCCUGGAGGCGUUUGCGGAUUGCCUGAGAGUUGAAAUGGCCAGUUUUGGUGUGAAGGUCAGCAUCAUCCAGCCGGGGAACUUCGGACAAGCCACCAACAUCCUGAAGAUGAAAACAAGUUUAGAUGUUUGGGAGAAAUUGGACGACGAACGCAAGCAAGCGUUCAACCAGCAGUACAUUGAGCUGGCCAUCGAGUACUUCACGUCAACCUGCAGGGCGGGAUUCAAGAACGCCGACCUGGUCAUCGGUGCGAUGGUGCACGCCAUCACGUCGACUCGGCCUAAAUACAGAUACCUGCUGGUCUCUGCGAUGGACAGGGUCUUCUUCCAGCUCUUCCCUUUCCUCCCCACCGCCCUCACUGACGCUGUGUUUUCUCUCAGCUCCAUGUACGCUACAAGGAAAGAAAUGCUCUACGCCAAAUAGGAAUUUUGUAACCUGCCGAAGAAUAAACUAUUUUGUAAAAGACCUUUCAACUGAACAAUAUAUAUAAUGCUUAUAACAAUAGUAUAAUGAUGCUUUCAUGAGUCUUGUUCAUUCUACAUUGUUUGUUACUAUAAAAGUUUGUUAUCAUGAA